GAAUAAUAAAAAUGUUACUGAUAUGGUAGAAAAAAAUGGAUGUGAUAACCUUCGGCAUAAUAAUCGCCGUUAUCGUAUUGUUCUUAGUAAUAGUCUGCUACAUCACCAUUGAAGGCACUUGCAAGUCACACUCUUGAUUCAGUCCAAUGGCAUUGAGUAGUAGUAGUAGAAAAAAGAGAGAUGAAUUCUUCUUUUUCAUGUCUUUGUUGUUAUUUUGCUCCUUUUUGGAUCUGGCAAAAUCCCAUCAAGGUCACUCUCAUUCUAUACCAAACAUCCAUCAUCAUCACUGUGGUGGUGGAGAACACGAUCAUGAUCAUCAUCAUCAUCAUGACCAUGUUCAUCAACAGUCCAAGCUACUUCCAGAGGAAUUAGCGGAAGAUGAAGAUAUGAAACUAUAUGGGUUUGGUUUACCCCAUCACGACCAUCAUCACUUUACUGCCUCUGCUGAACAACUAUCGGGUUUAGGUCUUUGGUUGAAUGCGUUGGGAUGUUCAUUUCUAGUGAGCAUGGCUUCCUUGAUUUGCCUGAUUAUCCUGCCUGUAAUUUUUGUUCAAGGGAAACCAUCAAAGGCUGUUGUUGAUUCAUUGGCUUUAUUUGGGGCUGGAGCUAUGUUGGGGGAUGCUUUUCUUCACCAACUACCACAUGCUUUUGGUGGUGGUGAACAUUCCCAUUCUCAUGGUGACCAUGCAGACCAUGACCAUGAUGAUAAUUCUGGACAUGGACAUUCACAUUCUUUAGCUGAUCUUUCUACAGGAAUGUCUGUCCUAGCUGGAAUUGUACUCUUUCUUCUUGUGGAGAAGCUAGUGAGGUAUGUUGAAGAAAACUCAGGAGGAGCUAACUCGUGGGGGCAUGGACACCACCACCAUAACCACAAUAGCAAGAAAAAAUUGAAAGAUGAUAACAAUUCUGAUGUCAACAAUCAGUCACAGUCCAGUGAUACAAAAAAAAAGAGUUUGGUAGAUGAGGGGAAAGAAGACAAUCAAGUAUCACAUGACACAUUGGAGGGAGAUAAGCCAGCUAAAUCUAAAUCCUCGCUUAGAAAGAGAAGUGGAAGCAAUGCAACCAAAGGUGGUAGUCAGAAUGAUAAUGCUGAAGAUAGCUCCACUGAUAAUGUCAAAUCUUCAGAUGUUAUAGAACCAGUUAGACCAGCAAGUAGUCUUGUGUUUGGCUAUCUCAAUCUUUUCUCUGAUGGAGUUCAUAAUUUCACUGAUGGAAUUGCAUUAGGAAGUGCAUUCAUUCUUUAUGGAUCUGUUGGUGGCUGGUCUAGAACUCUGUUUUUGUUGGCACAUGAAAUUCCUCAAGAGGUUGGUGAUUUUGGUAUUUUGAUAAGAUCUGGUUUCAGUAUACCAAAAGCCUUGUUCUUCAACUUUUUAUCUGCACUCGUGGCACUUGCAGGCACUGCAUUGGCUCUGCUCUGGGGGAAAGAUCCUGGACAGUCAUCCUUGAUUGAGGGAUUUACUGCAGGUGGAUUUAUAUACAUCGCCAUUGCAGGAGUGCUUGCAGAAAUUAAUAACAAUGGGAAGACGACACUGAGAAGUACAGUCGUUCAAAUAAUCUCACUGACAAUGGGAAUGGCUGUUGCACUUGGCAUUUCCCUUAUAGAAUGAAUAAAAUGUUCUUUCUUAGGACUUACAGAUAUCGAUUCUUGAUGUGCCAAUUAUUACACUUAAUGUAAGCAACUAAUUAUCUACAAAAAAAUCAUUAUAUAUUUUCUGCAUGCUAUGUUGUGAACGCAGAAAAGCUUAUAGGGACGGUGAACUGGGAGAAAAGGAUAGGUCAAUACAGAAUGGUCAGGCUUAACCUUGCAAUGAUUCCUUAACCAUUAACACAGCAAACUGUGUAUAGUAGAUGUCUCCACAAACCGUUUGUAUUCGUCGGAUUAUGUAGCAACAUUUUUGUCCCUUUUGAGCUGUAUAGCAGUCAGGAUGCUUUCCUCUUUCUUAUGCACUUGGUGAGAUGAAAAACACAGAUUGUGUUUUGAUGGAUAUUGCACAUGUUUUCCUUA